AUGGCCUCGAGGGAAAUUCUGGAGGAUGUAAUCGAGCGGCUUACCGUGCAGUUGAAACUGACGAAAGCUACUUUGAAAUCUACUAGCGAAGAAUUUCAGCAAACACAAAAGAACCUUGAAACCCUGGAUAAGGAACACAAACGAGUCAUUCACGAAAUCGGCGAGCUGAAAAAACCAGAGUCCGAGCUAAUCAAAGAGAGGGACGAAGCGAAGGAAUCGGCGAGGAAAGCGUUGGAGAGUCUAUCGGAGUUUGAAAACAAACGGUACGUGAAACCGUCAGCGGUGGCGACAAGAGUGAAGCCUGAAAAAUUCUCGGGAAGCGGCAACGACACAGAUUUUCAGGCGUUCUUGGACCAGUUUGAGGCUUGUGCGAGAAUGAACGGCUGGAAAGAAGAGGAAAAAGCAAAACAACUGAUCCUGUGCUUGAAAGAAAAAACUCGUGUGGUUAUGUCUCAACUCUCGGCGAGUGAUUAGAGCUCUUACACAUGUAUGGUGGAGGCUCUUCGCAAGAAAAUCGGCAUGCGUCAGGUUCCCGAAGCCGCUAAAGCUACGCUCAAAGCGCGACGAAGAAAGGUGGGAGAAAGUUUGUUAG